UUUUAUUUUUGAACGAUAGGUAUCUCGCGUAGCGUUGCUUGUCUUUCUUUUAGUCCCAUUUUGUGUUCGGAGUGAUUCCAACGUGCUAGAGAGCAUCUAGAGAAAUCAUAAGUCUUAUCAAUUCCGAUGUAUCUAACCCGACCAAGUUAUAGUGCACCCUGGGAUAGAUUUCCCAUUGACCAUGAAGAAUUCUCAACUGGCCCGGCACACACGUGGGUACAAUGGUCUGCGGAUUCUGCCGUUCAACCACCUAAUGCAGUAAAAGCUGGCGCGGAUCAUGAUGGAUCUCCCAUAUAUGUUGGCCGUGCCAGUCACUACGGGGAUAUGCUUCCAGCCAAAGUGAUCCCCCUUCGUAGGGUAGCGUAUGUGACUCACGAUGGGCUCGAGCUUUCCAAGCCGCGUUUUGAGGUUCUGUGUGGACUUGGAUUCACUUGGGUUCCAUGUGAGAACGGAAAUCUUCCCAAAGGAGCAGUAUUGUGCGGUAAAACAGCAUACGGAGAACAGCUGUACAUCGGAAGAGCCCACCAUAAUGGGAGUGUGACACCUGGCAAAAUUAUACGCAGUCACGGUUGCUUGUACAUUGGAUUCGAUGGAGUUGAGCUUGCCCAUCCCAAGUAUGAGGUGUUGGUAGAUUCGAGAGAAUCUCAGAAACAAAGUGUCGGAGGACAUUGGGUAUCUGCCCAAAGUAACGGACGUGUACCGCCAGGUGCCCUUUUGGCUGGUAAGGACAGCGAUGGAGCAGCAAUCUAUUUGGGUCGUGUUUAUAGAUUUGGACUACAUCUGCCUGCCAAAGUGAUCCCAAGCAAACGCAUGUGCCAUACUGGUGAUGAAGGGCUAGAAUUUGAGAUGACCGAGUACGAAGCUUUGUGCAACGCUAAUGUUUCGUGGGUUCCUUUCCGGGGAGUAUAUCCACUCAAUGCAAUCGAAUGUGGACGGGAUCGAUACGGCGAGAAACUGUACUUUGGACGAGGUCGUUACGAGGGAAGCUUGACUCCAGGCAAAAUUCUUGAAUGCAGCAAAAUCUUGAAAAUACCAUACGGAUUCAAAGAAAUUGUGCUACACGAGUUUGACAUUUUGGUAGAUAAUAGCCUACCAACAACGAAGUGCUCUCAAGCUCUGGACUGGCAAGCAAGCAGCAACAGUUUGCCUGUACCGAGAGGCGCUGUCCUUGCUGGUUAUGAUAAAGAUGGCUCACCAAUUUUUGUGGGACGUGUACAGUAUCAAGGAAGCCAACUGCCGGCUAAGGUGAUUCCACGCAAGAAGUUGUGCCAUACUUGUCACAAAGGAAGAGAAAUCGAAAUGACAUCCUACGAAGCGCUCUGUAAUGCACGUGUGGCCUGGGUUCCGUUCAGUGGUACUAUUCCGGCAAAGGCGGUCGUUUGCGGUCGUACCAUGUGGGGCGAAACGGUUUACAUAGGUCGAGGACACCAUAAGGGAAGCCUGACGCCGGGAAAAGUUUUGGAACACGAACGGGUACUCAAGAUUCCAUUCGGCUGGAAUGAACUUACCAUCAGCGACUUCGAAAUACUAGUAGAGCUUUAAGCUUUGCAAUGAACAGUCAAACUGUCAAAUAAUUUUUGUAUUAAUUUGGACCAAUCAACAAGUUUCGAAUAAAGCAGUUUGUGAAAACAACGAA